CGCCGUGGGAAUCGCGAGAACUCUAACUGGGCGUAUCGCGCUGUUCACCCGGCUUGUGGGGAGAUUCAAGUUGGGCAGCUUCUUUUUGGCUUCUACUUAGGAGCUUUCUUUUAGAAUCGGAGAAUUUUAGGAAGUUUAAAAAAAAAAAAAAAAAAAGACAAGACAAGAGCUUAAGCCUCACCAGGGGACUAUGAAAUGAAUGGGGAAGUUGGUGACGUAUCAGCUUAAAAAAAAGCAGUUAAACUUGGCGCUUAUUAGUAGCCAGGCUGUGUAACAUGCUGGGGAUUUGGUGAACAGUGUCUUCCCUCAGAUUUACAUCAGAGUGCGAAAGACACCGAAACAACUAUUCAGAUUUAGCAGUUGUAAAAAGUUGCUAUGAAAAGAAUACCAGGUGCUGUGAGAACAUAAGGCAGUAGAUGAAGAAACAGUGUCAGAGACUAGCGUGAAAAAAACGUGCCACAAAGUUUGCAAGAAAGAGCUUUUGGGGCGGAGCCCUGGCUGCUUAGGUCCUUUCCAUUGGUUCUACUUGGUGACCACGCCCACGGCCCCGCCUCCUGGGCAGAAGAGCCAAUUGGGCCGCGAGUUGUGGUUUAAACCAGGAGUGCGCCGCGUCGGUUCACCGCGGCCUCAGAUGAAUGUGGCUGUUAAGAGCUGCAAUAAUCCAGAAUGGCUACUCUGAUCUAUGUUGAUAAGGAAAAUGGAGAACCAGGCACCCGUGUGGCUGCUAAGGAUGGGCUGAAGCUGGGGUCUGGACCUUCAAUCAAAGCGUUAGAUGGGAGAUCUCAAGUUUCAACACCAUGUUUUGGCAAAACGUUCGAUGCCCCACCAGCCUUACCUAAAGCUACCAGAAAGGCUUUGGGAACUGUCAACAGAGCUACAGAAAAGUCUGUAAAGACCAAGGGACCCAUCAAACAAAAACAGCCGAGCUUUUCUGCCAAAAAGAUGACUGAGAAGACUGUUAAAGCAAAAAGCUCUGUUCCUGCCUCAGAUGAUGCCUAUCCAGAAAUAGAAAAAUUCUUUCCCUUCAAUCCUCUAGACUUUGAGAGUUUUGACCUGCCUGAAGAGCACCAGAUUGCGCACCUCCCCUUGAGUGGAGUGCCUCUCAUGAUCCUUGACGAGGAGAGAGAGCUUGAAAAGCUGUUUCAGCUGGGCCCCCCUUCACCUGUGAAGAUGCCCUCUCCACCAUGGGAAUCCAAUCUGUUGCAGUCUCCUUCAAGCAUUCUGUCGACCCUGGAUGUUGAAUUGCCACCUGUUUGCUGUGACAUAGAUAUUUAAAUUUCUUAGUGCUUCAGAGUUUGUGUGUAUUUGUAUUAAUAAAGCAUUCUUUAACAGAUUCUU